AAUGUGAAAGUUGCAAGAACAGUAUAAAUGAGCUCUGUCUGCCCGCACUGCAGUCAAACUGUCCAUAGCCACACAGGAGAAGGUAAGGACUUUCAGAAUAACUGUGACAUUAUUCUUUGCAUUUCAAUGAAGUUACGUUAAGUUCAACAGCAACAGAGGUGUGCAAAAUACAAUAAACAUAAGAACAAGGCAAACUAUAGGAAUAGGAAUAUGAGAAUUAUAAGAGUAAAUAUAUGUAAGAAUGUAUGCGCAUUACUGAAUAUGUAUACCAAAUAUACUGUUGUGUUCGGGUCAAAUCUGACCAAUUUACAUAUUAAAAAAUUCAUAAAUAUUGUGUUUUACAUCUGAUUGCCUCAAGGCCUUAUGACAUGCUCCACACUAUGCACUUGAACAUAUAACAGUGAUGAGCACCUCUGUCAUAUACAUUUGUAAUUUUUUCACAACAACGUAAUUUAUUAUUCUUAUUUAGUUACAUUUGGUGCUACCUAAAAAUGCUUCCUUUCUCUCUCUCUCAACCUUUUAUUUGUAUUUUCCAUUUUCCAGUGAAAUUUUAAAGACAAAAGAAAACAAUAUUAGACUUUCGUUGUAGCAAUGGGAGGACAAAAGUCUCGACCUGUAGACCCUCCAAAGACUUUAAGUGAAGAAUGGAGGAAAAUACAGUGGACUGGCAAAAACAAUGAUCUCCAGUACAUAAAUAAUUACAAGCCUCAUAACUCUGAGCUCCAGCACCUCAGAAUUCUUCUUCAUGGACCCGUUGGUGCCGGCAAGUCCAGCUUCAUCAACUCAGUUGACACUCUUUUACAAGGCAGAAUGGCCGCAAGAGCUUUGGCAGAUGCAGGUUUUGGAAUGAGCUUCACUAAACAAUACAGAACUUUCAAAAUCCAAAAAGGAGGACCAGGAACUUUUUAUCCUUUUGCCUUCAUUGACAUCAUGGGCCUUGAGAAGAACACAGGAGUUCAGGUGGAAGACAUCAAACUGGCCAUGAAGGGGCACGUGAAGGAUGGUUACAAGUUCAAUCCUGGAUCUCCGUUAUCCGAACAUGACCAUGACUACAACAAGGAGCCCACUCUAAAUGACAAAGUUCAUGUUUUAGUGUGUGUGAUCGAUCCCAGUAAAAUAAAACUUAUGAGUGAUGAUUUGAUAAAACAGAUGAAGGCUGUCAGAAUUGCAGCCAGUGAGAUGGGAAUUCCCCAAAUGGCAAUUCUCACCAAAAUUGAUGAAGCCUGUACAGAAGUCAAAGAAAAUAUAAGAAAUGUGUAUAAGAGCAUCUGGUUGAAGGAACAGAUGGAGACAGUGAGUGCGUCACUGGGUAUUCCACUGAACUGCAUCUUUCCUGUCAAGAACUACCACUCUGAGAUCAAAACAAAUGAUGACGUUGACGUACUGAUACUGGCUGCUCUGAAGCAGAUGAUCAACUUUGGAGAGGACUACGUCAACAACCUGUAGACCUGCUGAACCUUGUUUAUUGUUGUGUUAAAAUGACUUUUGGGUCUGAACAGGAAUGUCAGAGUUAUUCUUUGCAUGCUGAUUUUAAUUUCCUUGGCUAAAGUAUUUACCCUUAGACUAGAAAAUCUUCAGGUCUUUUUUAUUUUAUUUUAUUUUUUUUGCUUGCAUGACAAAGUUUCUCUGUUUGCUUUGUAGACUUGGCUUUCGGUUUUUGUGUUUUGCUCUUGUAUCUAUC